AUGCCGCCGCGAAGAGGAGCCAAGCCGCAGCAGCCGGCGGCGGCGGCGGCAGCACCCUUGGAGGGCUGCGUCGUCGCCUUCAGCGGCCGCUUCAGAGACAAGUACGACCAUUCGCACGACUCGCUCAUCAAGUUUGUCCGCUCGCUCGGCGGCGCCGUGGCCAAGACGGCGGCCGCCAGCAUGACGCACCUCGUCUGCACUGAGCCCGACUACGUCGAUGGCACGGUCAAGGUCAGGGCCGCCCAGGAGCAACACGUGCCGGUGGUGAAGCCCGAGUGGCUGUUUGCCUCUCCGUCUGCAGCCCGUGGCCGGAACAAGAAGCGGCCCAUUGCUGCCGUGGCCGAUUCCAGCGCCGACCAUGACAACACUGCGGUGCAGGCCAGCUCGCCGCAGGCCAAGAAGCUCAAGGCGAACGGCAAGGCGAGCGAUGAGCCGCCGGCCGACGAGGACAAGGUCGUGGCCGAGGGCCAGUUUGUCAAGAAAAAGGGCGUCGCCAUCCCCUUGGAUUCCUACUGCCCCCUCACCUCCUACCGGGUCCACGUCGAUCCCGACACGGGCAUGAUUUACGAUGCGUCGCUCAAUCAAUCCAGCACGAGCAACAACCACAACAAGUUCUACCGUCUGCAGGUCCUGCGCAACCCCGCCGACGGGAGCUUUAAGACGUGGACUCGCUGGGGCCGAGUGGGCGAGACGGGCCAAAACGCCGUCUUGGGCGACGGCACCAUCAGGGAUGCCAUCAGGAGCUUCGAGAAGAAGUUUCGCGACAAGGCCGGCUUGCCCUGGGAUCGGCGGGGAGAGGACCCCAAGCCUGGCAAGUAUGCCUUUGUAGAGCGCAGCUAUAACCCAGACUCGGACGACGACGACGACGACGACGACGACGACGACGGCUCCCCGUCCGGCGCCAAGAACAGCGCCCGGGAGGGAGGCGAGGCCAGUGUGCCCGAGUGCACGCUGGACAAGCCCGUGCAGCAGCUCAUGGAGCUCAUCUUCAACCAGAGCUACUUCCAGGCCGCCAUGUCGUCGCUCAACUACGACGCCAACAAGCUGCCCCUGGGCAAGCUCAGCAAGGCCACCAUCACCCGCGGCUUCCAGCAGCUCAAGGACCUGGCCGCCCUCCUCGACGACCCGUCCCUGGCCCUCAGCCGCUGGGACCGGUCGGCGCACGCCGCCACGGAGCACCUGUCCAACACGUACUACUCGGUCAUCCCCCACGCCUUUGGCCGCAACCGCCCGCCCCUCAUCGGCACCCACGCGCAGCUCAAGAUGGAAAUAGAGCUUCUCGAGAGCUUGUCCGACAUGAAGGCGGCGGCCGAGCUGCUCAAGGUGGACCGCAAGGCGGCCGAAGACGUCCACCCGCAAGACCGCCAGUUCCGCAGCCUCGGCAUGCGCGAGAUGACGGCCCUGGAUCCGGCCAGCCGCGAGUUCGCCCUGCUCGAGCGCUACCUGCAGGGCUCUCGCGGGUCGACGCACGGCGUCAAGUACCGCGUGCAGCACAUCUUCCGCAUCGAGCGGCAGGGCGAGGGCGCGCGCUUCGAGGCGUCGCGCUUCGCCAGCGUGCCGUCGGACCGGCGCCUGCUCUGGCACGGGUCCCGGGCCACCAACUUCGGCGGCAUCCUCAGCCAGGGCCUGCGCAUCGCGCCGCCCGAGGCGCCCGUCUCGGGCUACAUGUUCGGCAAGGGCAUCUACCUGGCCGACAUGUCGUCCAAGUCGGCAAACUACUGCAGCGCCCGCGACUCCAACGGCCAGGCGCUGCUGCUGCUGUGCGAGGCCGAGCUCGGCCGCCCCAUGCAGCAGCUCACCCAGUCGAGCUACGACGCCGGCGACGACGCCGCGGCAAAGGGCAUGGUCAGCACCUGCGGCAUAGGCGACACGGGGCCGAGCAAGUGGAUGGACGCGGGCGUGGUGCACCCGACGCUGCAGGGCAUCCAUAUGCCCGACAUGGACGUCAAGCCGGGCCCGACCAACAUCCCCGGCACCUCGCUGCUCUACAACGAGUACAUUUGCUACGACGUUGCGCAGGUCAAGCUGCGCUAUCUCUUUCGCGUCACCAUGUAA